CAAAAAUUUGUCAAAAUGAAAAUAUACUAUUUCUUCAUUCCUUUCUCUAUACUUCUAAUUCAUAACACACUAGCGUACUUAUAUAUAAUACAUAUAUACAAACAUUGUAUAUAUCAAGUAACAGAAAGAAAAAUCCUUCUUGACCGGAGGGUCGCGUCUUCAUAAGAAUAUGCACGGUGGUGGAGAAACAACGGCCACGGUAACUGAGGCGAGGGGGUUGAAGAAAGGGCCGUGGACGACGACGGAAGAUGCGAUCUUGACGGAGUACGUGAGGAAACACGGCGAAGGUAACUGGAACGCGGUGCUGAAGAACUCAGGCUUGCUCCGGUGUGGGAAAAGCUGCCGUCUACGGUGGGCCAACCAUCUCCGGCCAAUUCUAAAGAAAGGAUCAUUUAGUCCUGAUGAAGAGAAGAUCAUCAUCGAGCUUCACGCUAAGAUGGGAAACAAAUGGGCUCGUAUGGCUUCUCAGUUACCUGGACGAACCGACAAUGAAAUUAAGAACUACUGGAACACAAGGAUGAAGAGAAGACAACGAACUGGUUUGCCUUUAUACCUUGACGAGAUUCAUCAUCAAGGGAUUGAUAAUGAUGACGACUUUGAAUUUAAUUCAUUUCAGUUCUCAAACCAAGACCAUUCUAACCACCAAAAAAUGAUUCAGCCCACUAAUUCCUCUAAUAGUACUCCAUCAUCCUCCUCUUCAUUCUCUUCUUCGUCUUCUCAACCUCAGAAAAAUAUGUGUUUAGAUCCCUUAAUCUAUACUAAUCCGGUCCUAAACCACAUCCCCGAUACUCCCAUAAAUCCUCAUAUGUUCUCUCUUUACAACAAUAGCCUUGAGAAUGAGAACAACCAGUUUGGUUUCUCUCUUCCUUUGUCCUCAUCCUCAUCGUCGAAUGAGUUUUGUACUACCGAUAAGAAAGACAUUGUUGCUAUGAGUUAUAGUUCAUUUCUUAUCAGAGAUCAUGAGAUGAGACCGAGUUCUUUCCCUUUAGGACUAGACAAUACUGUCCUAGAGCUUCCUUCAGUCCAAACACCGACCCAUUUGCUCAGUUCUAAUACUAUUAUUGACAAUGGUGUCCAUCUUUAUCCACCUGCAGGAAACAGUGGAUUGCUUGACACCGUUUUGGAGGAGUCUCGAGCCUUGUCUCGCGGUAGAAUCUUCAAUGACGUUAUGGUUUCUUCUAGUGGUUUAUGCGAGGAUCAAGACCAGAAAGUGGAGAUUGAUUUUGAGAAUCGGUUGAUAGAUCAUCUAAACUGUUCUCAUCAAUCAUCAUCAGAAACAACUCCUAAUCUUUACAAGAGGUACAAUGAGCUAACGAUAGUGAAGGCAACAAUGGACGAUGAUGAUGGCAUAAUGAUGAGCCUUAUCAACAAUUUCCCUUCGACCACACCGUUACCUAAUGACUGGUACCGGAUGACAGAAAUCCAAACAGAAGCAUUAACGAGCGGAAUCUUGACAGGAAACCAUCAAGGUGACAGCCCAUUGGAACCACAAGAGGCACUACCUUCGUCCGGCACUGUAGAUCCUCUGGCCUUGUUGGGGUCAUGUUACUGAGGCAACAUGCCUAAAAACUGCUAAUUUGGAGAGUUUCCCCAUGAGCAAAACCAUUUAUUUGGUAUUUUGAAAUCAAGAAAGGAGAAAAGGCUAUAUUAAUUUCAAAGCUUAAUUUGUUUCUGCUUGUGUAAAAUCUUUUUAAGCACUCUGUUUGGGAUUUUCUCUGAACUUUAGGUUAACAUGUUUUCAAGGGACUAAAAAACAAAGACAAAAUUUAAGAGAGAUGGACUUGAGCUAA